UUUAAACAUAAGCUAAAGUUUUCCACACCUGGCUGCCAAGUCCCCGGAUUUAUUUAUAUAAAUAAAUACUUAUAAUAAAUGUUUUCAAAACUUAACACAAUUUUAAUUUGGCGUAAGAGUGUUUUUAUCACUCUUUGCUUUGGUUAACAUGAAGGUGUUUUGGCAGUUCGUCCCUUGUCUGAUUGUCCUUCAGUCAGCCGAGUCUGUUCCGCCGGGAGAAGACAAAGUAAAAGCGGCUUUUCUAAAAGCCGAAGAGACCACUCAACAACAGAUAGAGACAAGUCGUCUUCAAGAAGACACCAAACAACAAUUUCCAGUGCAUUGUCCUCUAUCACACUUCAACGGUUUACAUAUCUUCGGAGAUGGUUCUACAGAUAGAAGAGUUAACGUAGCAUUGCUUGCAACCAAACAUUUGAUCGAAAUUGAAAAACAAAGUGCAGAAGAUCUAAAUCAUGAAUCAGUUCGAGAGAUGUUUAAGAGAGCAAGUGGUGAGACCUGCAAUGUUGUAACUAGGCAUGCCGACGACUGUGACUUUAACUCGGUUUACAGAGAACCCGACGGCUCUUGUAACAACAGGGAACAUCCUGAGUGGGGAAUGGCGGGGCGUCAUCAAGAGAGGGUUCUGAAGAAUGCUUAUGCUGACGGAAUAAGUGAACCGAGAAAGUACAGCAUAGACGGAAUACUUCUCCCAAACCCGAGAAAUAUUAGCAAUGUAAUACAUCAGAAUCCAAACCGUGAAGAAAAACGGAGUCGUACACUUACUCUCCAGGUGUUUUUCGGCCAGUUCUUGGCACACGAUAUUACCUUAACAACCGAUCAAGCAGUGGUUUCUAAUUGCUGUAAAGCUGCCAACGAUGUUGACAACUGUAUCAAUAUCAUCAUUGGCAAAACACCUCCUCUUGAUUUACCCAACGAUAUCUUUCCUCCGUCCACCGACGACCCAUCAGAUGUAUUUUACAAUGGUUACUGUAUGGAAAUAAAGAGAUCUUCCUUCUUACUAUGCCCAGAUGCAAAUUCCGACGGUGUUCCCGCACGCCAGCAAAAGAACUCCCUGACUACAUUUAUUGAUGCAUCUAAUGUUUACAGUCCGAGCAAAACAAGCCAGUUGCAGCUUCGAGAGAUAGGUACUGGGUUUAUGAAAACGGAAAAACACGAGCGAUUACCUAAUGGUAAGGAUGCCGAUUGUACGUUAACAGUUCCAGACGAGCACUGCUCAGCAGCAGGGGACCAUCGUGUGAAUCAAGUUCCAAGUCUGACAGAUUUUCACUACGUGUUUGUCAAAGAGCAUAACAGAAUAGCUUCUGUUUUGAAAGACUAUUAUCCUCAAGAUCCCGAAAAAGUUUUUCAAGAAACAAGAAGAAUUGUAAUCGCCAUUAUGCAGAAGUUUGUAUACGAAGAAUUCCUACCGUCUUUUCUUUCUCCAAAAGGCGUUAGUGAUAACGACAUUCUAAGUACGGAUUCUUACAAGUACGAACCCGACACAAACCCAACAAUGUUCAACGCAUUUGGAAUAGCAUACAGACUCGGCCAUUCGUGGAUUUCACAGAAAAUGACAUUGUCCGAUAAAAGAUUUAAACCUGUACUAAAGAGAAACACUGAUGACACGUUUAACGACCCUGCUAUGACGUAUGAACCCGAUGCAUUUGCAGAGUUAUCAUACUGGAUGACUGGUGUUAAUUCUCCGGACACUGACAGGAUAAUAGAAGAAGUCGUCCGAUCCCGACUGUUUAUUGACACAUCCGUAAACAGAGCAUUUGAUCUUGCCGCGAUCAACAUUCAAAGAGGCCGGGACCAUGGCUUACCUGCUUAUAGCAACUACAGAGAGUGGUGUGGUAUGAACAAACUGGGCAGGUCAUGGAAAGACCCAGGACUUAAAGACCACACACCAGAGACAAUCCGUUUGUUACGACAGGCCGGUUAUAGAUCUCCUUUGGACAUAGACCUGUACACUGGUGGUCUGACCGAAGAACCUGUGAAAGGUGGAAGUCUCGGACCGACGUUUGAAUGCAUUGUGGGAAGACAGUUCCGACGGUUUAAGUUUGGAGAUCGCCUUUGGUACCAAAAUGAAGACGCUGGUUUCAACAAAGCCCAGAAGAAAGCUAUUCAGAAGUAUACAUUCGCCAAGUUGUUAUGUAUCAACUACAAGUUUAAAGAAAUCAACUCUCCAAAUGCGUUUAAGUCGACUGACCCAAGAAAACCGUGCUCUGCUAUAGAUGCAGACCUAGAUUUGUCCGCCUUCAAACCAAAAUCGCCAUCGUCUUCCAAGAUAGAAUUGUAGUUCAGCUGGACACAACAUUUAUUUAGGAUGUUUCCGACGCAUAAUGAAUUGAAUAAUAAUGUGUGUCAUCCUUUGCCAAAAAAAAUGAACUUUACAUUGGCGAAAGUAUGUUGUGUUGUGUUACUCGGAACAACUAGAAAUAUUUCAAAAUAUUUCAUGCACAUUUUAUAUGACAAACAACUAUAUAUAUUUCAUGCACAUUUGAUAUGACAAACAACUAGACAUAUUUCAUAUACAUUUGAUAUGACAGUAUGUGAUUGUAUCUGAUUUGCUCAUAUUCAGCUCAACGAAAAUGUUGUCAGUUUCUAACUGACAUUUUUUAUAUUUCUUCAUUUUAAAUCAGACCUUUGUGAAGAAUGUCUUUAAGUGUUCUUUUUGUUGUGUAUGUAACUUUCUUUAUUUUUUUGUAUUGUUUGAUCAAUAUUUAACUUAACAUUUUUAGCUUUUGAGCUUUGUUUUCUUUUUAGUUGAUCAAUUAAUUGUAAGUGAAAUAGUGUUUUCCCAACAUGUGGCAAGAUCGUAAUGAGAGAAAGUCUCUGCGAAUGAUACAUGCCAUGUAAACAUAACAGGGAUGACACCAAUGUUUACUUUAUAUACUACGAGGUUUCUUAAGGCAGUACGUGUGGUUAAUGUGUGUGUUGUUUACCGCUUUAAUGCAUAAUUUGAUAAAUAAAGCUUUUCUUAUUAGA